UAUUUGGUAGCUCAUUAAAAAAAAUGUUUUAUAUAGAAUAUAUAGGGACUUUAAUCGGAAUAAUCGGAAUUCUUUUAUGCUAGUUUGACAUAAACAAAUGAUUUAACAUCUAUUUUUUACAUUUAAACCACUGGCUUUACAUGCAAUUUUUUUGUGUGAAGUUGAUCUACUUGUGCAUGACAGUAUCGAUUACAACUUAACUAAUAACGUCCUUCUCAAGGUUAGUGUAAUAUUAGGGAAUAUUUAUUCAGUUGAAAAAGGCUUAAAUAAUUUAAGACAUUUACACGUGGCAACUAAGACUAUUGUCAGUACGAGUGAAAAAAUCUACCCAACACAGAAAGAGAUUUUGAUUUACUACUACAUAAAUUAGGUUUGGUUAACGAUAAGGAAGUUUCAGUUGAAUUACACAUUCAUCUUGAUGCAUACGGAUUCAGUGAAGCAAGGUGCAGUGAAAGAAGGCAAAUGUAUGACGAAAUCCAACAGACAGAAAAAAGUCAUUCUAAGUCCAGUUCUGUUGAAAAAAUACUUGUGGGAAGUCUAAUGGAAAACACAACUAUUAAAGCUGAAAGUGAUCGUGAUUAUCUAUUUGUUAACAAAGAUAUUAUAUGUGUGGCCGAUCCUUGUUAUGUAACAGAAGAUGAUGUUGGCAAAGACAUCUUCCUUGUAGAUUUUGAAAAUGCACCUCAUGGUUAUACCCUACUACGUCAACUACAAAGAGGGGGCGCCAAGUCUGUGAUUGGAGGAUGCUUGAUAAAGAAAGACAAGGGCUUGUAUCUGUCGUCAGAUUUAUUCAUGAAUACAGUUGAACCGGGCAGCUACCUUGGCCAACGAGAAAGAAAUGGACCAGCACUGACAAUGAAGGACUCUUUAAGUAAAAUUCUCUUGUGGUUCUACAAAAAUGCAAAGACGAAAUCGAAACCAAAUUAUGAUGUUGAUAUUGUCAAUGCGUUUCCUUGCAAAAUGCCUGUGCCUUUGAAGACUUGGGCAAGAAGAAUCAGGAAUAAACACUGGCCUUCCCCUGUAGUGGUAAAUGAAGUUUUAUUGUUGCCAGUUUAUGUCGUGCCAGCCUCGCAAGUAGGCACAGAAAAUACUGAUCUUCAAUGGCGUGUCAGUUUCACACGCCAAGAAACACACCUUAUUCAAACAUUCAGUAACACUCAACUGAAAGUCCUUAUUCUAGCGAAGAAAAUAGCCAAAUAUAAGCUUAGAUACCACUGUAAAGAAAUAACAUCGUACGUAAUUAAGAAUGUUGUAUUUUGGGUGUUUGAAGAGACUCCACCUGACCAAUUUCAAGUCACAGAUCUUAUUGAAAGGUUAAGAGAUGUACUGUCACAGUUGUCCGAUUUUAUCUCCAAAAGGUGCUUACCAGCUUAUAUAAACCCCGACAAAAACCUCUUUUAUGGGAAGAUUAAUGCCACUGAACAUAAUGAAUUAUUCUCAGAACUGAUUAAAUGUCAAAGUGUACUUACUGAAGAAUUCCAUAAAUGUUGUUCAAGAGGAGAAAGGAGUCCAGACGAAUAUUUCGGGCCGAUGUUUCAAGAUAUCUUUGAAUCUUUACUUGGUCCUCUUUCACAGGACAUUAUGUUACCUCACCUUAAAGAGCUAUGCAAAGAUAUGGCCGAAACACAAAACGUUGUUCCACAGGACACAGAGAAUAGAGACAAAAAUAUGCCAGCAACAGUCCCUCUGCUAGAAUCAAUGAUGAUUUGGUUUGGUUUGUUUUGGGUUUAACGCCGUUUUUCAACAGUAUUUCAGUCAUGUAACGGCGGGCAGUUAACCUAACCAGUGUUCCUGGAUUCUGUACCAGUACAAACCUGUUCUCCACAAGUAACUGCCAACUUCCCCACAUGAAUCAGAGGUGGAGGACUAAUGUUAUCAGACACAAUGUCGUUCAUCAAAUAGUCAUGGAGAACAUACGCCCCGCCCGAGGAUCGAACUCGCGACCCCGAGAUCCGUAGACCAACGCUCUUACCUAUUGAGCUAAGCGGGCGGGCAGAAUCAAUGAUGAAAUGAUGAAAUUCAAAGACUUUGAUAUAAGCGUUAUAGAUCACCACGUGCGAACGAAUUGUCCCCUAUUUAUACAAAUCCCAAUGUUCAUUUUUACGACGGUUUUAGUCCUCUCGCCAAUAGUGCUACUGGCAUAUAUACUUCACUGUAUUUUGCCGCCACAUGUUAUCAUCUCUAUACUUGUAUUAAUGUGUACUACAUUUGUGAUCACCAGGAAAAAGCUUUUGGUUAUAGUACGACUGUUACAGUUAAUAACGACUUCUGUUUGUUGGAUUUCAAAAAUCAUCAACUGGAUUUUCAGACAAAUCAUUAGAGUAUUACCAGUGCAAAAUGAAUUGGAAGACUGAGGGCCAUUGUAUUACAAACUUGAAAACAAAGUCAAGCUGUCUUGCAUGAAAUGCAAAAAAUGAAUCUAAUGCAAAAAUAUUUAGUUACUAGUAGUCUGUACAAAUUUUAUUCAUGCGGAGAGGAAAAUUAAAUGUUAUAUUCAUUAAAAAAAACUCUAUUGCCUAGGAUACAGAACCCAAAAUCGGGGUCAUCCACUCCCCAUAAAAUAUCUUAAACUAUAGAUGUUAGUAACAAAUUUGAAGACCAGCUGACGAAACAACAAGUAGUGGCUUGAACACAAAACUGUUUGUAAAAUGUUAUACAGCUAAGUCCAACAUCUUCCCCCUGUUUAGAGAUUAUCAUUUCCGUAAGCAAAAUCAUAGAGUUUAUCAAAUACAGAUUCUAAUGACUAAUAAAAAUAGAUACACUAAGGCUUAAAUUGCCCUCCAAAAGUCUGAAGACAUGAUACUGUGUUCAUCUGGAAGUCUGAAGAUCUGUCAAAAUGCCCUCCAAAAGUCUAAGAUAUGACACAGUGCCCAUCUGGGAGACACAAUACCUUUCAAAAGUCUGAAGACCUGGCACUGUGACAUGAUACAGUGCCUUUCAAAAGUCUGAAGACAUGAUACAAUGGUUAUCUGGAAUUCUGAAGACCUGAACAGGACACUCAAAAAGUCUUUAGACGAAUUGAACAAUUUAUAAAACAAGGAUAGGAUUGUUCAAAAUCGAACAGUGAGAAAGAAAAAACAAAUUUUAUACUUAAUAUUUGAAUAUAAUAGUUAUUUUCCUUUGUGUCUCUACACUUUUGAAGGUCAGUGUAUCUACACAGCUAUUUAAUGUUAUACAUUCUGUCUUAAAUGCUUCAAAACAGAUGACAAAAACAGCCUUUCCAGGUAUUUCAUAAUUUAUUAAUUAAGAUUUAAAUAGAUACAAUGUAAUCAUUAUUUAUUAAACAGCAAAAUCUUCUGUUUAUAUAUUUCCA